AUGGCGGCGGGCGGCGGCGGACGGAGCUGUUUCGUGCUGGGCGGCUCAGGGGAGACGGGCCGGGCGCUGCUGCGGGAGCUGCUGGCCCAGCGCGCCUUCGGCCGGGUCACGCUGAUCGGGCGGCGCCGGCUGAGCCUGGGCGAGGCGGAGGCGACCUCUCCACAGGGGCAGGCCGUGGUGGACUUCGAGCGGCUGGGCGAGCACGCCGCCGCCUUCCAGGGACACGACGUUGGCUUCUGCUGCCUGGGCACCACCAGGGCUAAGGCUGGCGCAGACGGCUUUGUCCGAGUGGAUCGGGACUACGUGGCACAGGCAGCACAGCUGGCGCGGGCAGGGGGCUGCAAGCACUUUGUCCUGCAGUCCUCCCAAGGGGCAAACGCACAGAGCCGCUUCCUCUACCUCCGUGUGAAGGGAGAAGUGGAAAACCUGGUCCAGGCUGUUGGUUUUGAUCACUGUAUCAUUCUCCGGCCAGCGGUGCUGCUGUGCAAGCGCCAGGAGUCCCGGCCCAUGGAGUGGAUAGCCCAGCAGUUCUUGAGUGCUGUGGCUUGGGUGUUCCCCACCGCUUAUUCAGUGCCUGUGGAAACGGUGGCCAGGGCUAUGGUGGCAUGUGUGCUGCAGCCAGGCGAGGGGAAGGUGAAGGUGCUGGAGAACAGGGCCAUCCAUGAGCUGGGAAAGGCAGUGAAACAGCAGGGCACGUAGAGCAGGUGGAUUGGCAGGGAGGAGCUUGGGUCACUGUUCAGUGCUCUCGGGGCUGAGGAUGGAUGCACGCACGGGAGAGGUGUGGGGAGCUGGCGUGGCUAGCAUGGAACCACAGCUACAUCCACUGCUUUGCAGAGUGGUUCAUUCUGUCAGGGGAUCAAAAACGCGGGUGCCGGCUGCUGGGUGAGGAUAAAUGAUGUGCUCUGCUACCUGGAUCCGUGACACAAAUAUGGGUAAAGAUGAUGUAAUCCAGGCCUUGAAUAAAACC